AUGUCGACCACCGUCGUGCAUCCCGGAGGCCCCACUCGCCUCAUCUCCCAGGCUCAGCAGUGCCCCGUCAUGAGCCAGAGCCUCACCAUCCAGGCUGAGCAGACCAGCGGUGUCGCUGCCAACGCCUCUGCACCCACCUUUGGCGCCUCGGGCAGCUCCUUCUUCGCCAACGCUGCUCGUCCCACUUUUGCUGCCGUCGCCGCCGCCGCUUCGGGCUGUCCCUUCUCCAACCAUAUGAAUGGUGGCGCCGCUCAGCAGGUACGAUCGUACGUUUCGCGCUCCGAGGCUACCCGCGCCUCUGUCGCUCAGCCGGACGACAUCGAGCGUCUCCACGCCAAGGAGGGCAUCAGCCUCGCCGACCAGGCCAACGCCGAAAAGUGCCCUCACGCCCGCAAGCUCGCCGAAGUGGCCGCCGCUGCUGCUGCCACCGACUCGCUGCCCCAGCACCAGCGCAGAAAGAGCAUCAAGAACAAGCAGGUGCGCACCCCCGGUUCCGGUUUGGGUGUUCACCCCGAGCCCGAAGCCUACGACCGACCUGGCUUCCAUUACGAAAAGUUCUAUCACGAUCAGCUCCAGGCCAAGCAUGCCGACAAGUCGUACCGCUACUUCAACAACAUCAAUCGCCUUGCCGGCAAGGCUCCCAAAGGUCAUCUCUCUGCCGAGGCCGACGAGAUCACCGUCUGGUGUGCCAACGACUACCAGAACAUGAGCCGUCACCCCGCUGUGCUCGAGGCCAUGAAGGAUACGCUCGACAAGUACGGCGCCGGCGCUGGUGGCACCCGUAACAUCGCUGGUCACAACCGUCACGUCGAGACCAUCGAGCAGACGCUGGCACAGCUCCACCGCAAGGAUGCGGCGCUCGUGUUUGGCUCGUGCUAUGCCGCCAACGAUGCCACGCUUACCAUCCUCGGCUCCAAGCUGCCCAACUGCGUCAUCCUCUCCGACUCGAGCAACCACGCCUCGAUGAUCCAAGGCAUCAAGCAUUCGGGUGCCAAGAAGGUCAUCUACAAGCACAACGAUAUGGCUGACCUCGAGGCCAAGCUGCAGGCCAUCCCCGUAGACGUGCCCAAGAUCAUCGCCUUCGAAUCUGUUUACUCCAUGUGCGGAACCGUCGGCCCCAUCGAGAAGACGAUCGAGCUGGCUGAAAAGUACGGAGCCAUCACCUUCCUUGACGAGGUGCACGCGGUCGGCAUGUACGGCCCUCGCGGCGCCGGUGUCGCCGAGCACCUCGACUGGGAUGCGCAGGUGGCUCAGGGUGACAAGCCUGGUCUGCUCAAGGGUAGCAUCAUGGAUCGCAUCGACAUCAUCACCGGUACUCUCGGCAAAGCUUACGGUAACGUCGGCGGGUACAUUGCCGGCUCGAACCGCUUUGUGGAUCUGAUUCGCUGCUUUGCUCCUCAGUUCAUCUUUUCUACGACGCUCCCUCCUGCCGUGCUCACCGGUGCCAAUACUGCCAUCCAGGUGCUGAUGGAGUCCAACGACUCGCGCAUCCUGCAGCAGGUGCGUACGCGCGAGACCAAGGACAAGCUCAUCGCCGCUGGCAUUCCGCUCCAGCACAAUCCUUCGCACAUUGUUCCUGUGCUCGUUGGUGAUGCCGCCAAAGCCAAGGCCGCUUCCGACAUGCUGCUCGAGGAGUACGGUUGCUACGUGCAACCCAUCAACUUCCCCACCGUCGCCCGCGGUCUCGAGAGGCUGCGCGUGACGCCUACUCCUGGACACACCUCUGCCGACGUCGAUCACCUCGUCUACGCCCUCACGCAGAUCUGGAAGGAGCUUGGCCUGCGCACCGUCGACGAUCUGCGUGCCGCACCCGAAGGAGAGGAUGCGCUCGCCGACCUGUUCAAGGCUUCUGAGCAGACGGCCCGGGAGAACCCUCUUUGGACCGACAAGCUGCUCGGCUUGAACGAGCUCAAGGCCAACAUCCGUGCCAACGGCUUCGCCGCUCGUGGCCCGAGUGUUGCUGCUCCGCCUGCGGCUCGCGCAGUCGGCGUCGCUGCCUGA